AUCUUAGGACAACCUUAAUAAGUUCCGUUUAGGUCUCCCAACACAUCCAUCCUCACGUCUACUUUUGUUCUUGCUGGCCUCUUCCUCUUCUCACCUUUCCGUGCACCCAUGAUCGAGUCUCUUCUUUGACGGGGCUGAAGCGAGCCGUUUCCUUUGGUUGAAUUCUAAUUGUCCAGUCUCGGGAUAACUAACUUUCUUGUGGCAACUUUGCUCCAUGUCCUGACAUUCCCUUUUCGUGCUAUUCAACAUCCACGGGCCUUUUUCUCCUCCUCAUGACUUUACGCAUUUGAUCUUGAACUACCUAAGUCAAACACCCAUGCAUUCGACGGAUUUUUCUCUACAGUUGUAAUACAACCGCUUGCGCAUCCUUCUGUCGAUAUGCAAUUGCCAUGGGGCGGCCGCGACGGUCCGGGAAAUGACACCUUGCUACCGACAUCCAACAUCCCUUCCAUCACCGGCCAUGCUGCGGAUGGCCUUGAUUCCAAGGAUGGCGAUCGUCCACAGCGCCCAGGCCGUCACGUUCGAACCACGUCUUCUGAUGCACGGAACGUUGCCGAUCAUUUCUCCUAUAUGACCCCGAGCGAAGCCGCAGCGAAUUUACGGACAUCGCUCACCCUUGGCCUUACUCCAACAGAAGCUCUCACCAGACUAGGCGAAUAUGGUCCGAAUGAAAUUCCUCACGAAGACCCAGAGCCAUUAUGGCUACGAUUCGUUAAACAAUUCCAGGAGCCCCUUAUUCUGCUGCUUCUGGUUUCGGCCGGUACAUCGCUCCUCUUGGGAAACAUGGAUGACGCUAUCAGUAUCACAGUCGCUGUGACAAUUGUCGUGUCCGUCGGGUUCAUACAAGAGUAUCGUUCUGAAAAGUCUAUCGAGGCUCUUAACCACCUUGUGCCGAAUCAUGCCCACCUCGUCCGUGGUCAGAGCAAGACGUCGUCAUUGGGGAAGACUGCUACCUGGCCACCGCGUAUAGAUGAUGCCGAUUCAGCCUUGACCCCGGGCUCUGUCACUCCAGUCAGUGAUAUUCUGGAUGCAACAUCUUCCAAGGUCAUGGCUUCUCAGCUGGUCCCUGGCGAUCUCGUUCUGUUUACCACCGGUGAUCGCAUUCCUGCCGACAUCCGUGUUACCAAAGCCGCAGACCUAACGAUUGAUGCCUCAAACCUCACUGGAGAGACGGAGCCUGUGAGGGUGACGGCUGAGGCACGUAACCGUGGAUUCGGCUCAUAUGGUCUCGACAAAUCACAAUUGCCUCGACCCAACUCUCUUGCCCCCUCUGAGCAUGGAGAUUCUCACGGAGAUGGCAUUCAUAACAUUGCAUAUAUGGGAACAUUGGUGAAGUCGGGCCACGGUCAGGGUAUUGUCUUUGCGACUGGAGGCCAUACACACUUUGGAACUAUUGCUGUUAGCGUUUCUGGUACCGAGAGUCCAAGAUCACCGCUUCAGUUAUCCAUGGACGACCUUGGCUCGCAGCUCAGUAAAGCUUCAUUUGUUGUAAUUGGCCUCAUCUCAGUUGUCGGUUGGCUACAGGGGAAGAAGCUUCUUGAGAUCUUCACUAUUUCGAUAUCACUUGCCGUGGCCGCCAUCCCUGAAGGUCUGCCUAUUAUUGUAACUGUCACAUUGGCCCUGGGUGUUCAUCGCAUGGCUAGGCAUAAUGCGAUCGUCCGAAGGAUGCCCAAGGUCGAGACUUUGGGCUCCGUGAAUGUAGUGUGCACUGAUAAAACAGGUACCCUUACUACGAACCACAUGACAACUACUCGAAUGUGGUAUUUUGGAGCUCAAGAACCUGUCCCGGUGGAGUCUGAUCACGAUGAUGUUGAAACGAAUCCAGACAUUAACCAGGCCACCCUUAGAGUGCUUCGCAUAGGCAACAUUGCGAAUGACGCGCGACUUGCUCAAAAGUAUACAGAGCACGGCCAAGCCGCAACAGCUGUACUUUCGUCGACGUUAGGACGUGGUCAGGUUUCCACAUAUACCCGCUGGGUUGGACAACCCACUGACGUUGCCAUGCUGGACCUCCUUGAUCGCUUCAAGGAACACGAUGUCAGAGAAUCUAUCGGCCCUCGAGUGAGCGAGACGCCUUUCAGCUCUGAACGAAAGUGGAUGGGUGUCACAAUUGGAUCCGAAACAAAGGGUGACAAGGAAUUCGCUUACAUGAAGGGCUCUGUCGAAAAGGUUCUGGCGGCAUGUGACAGCUAUCUCGAAAAGGAUGGAAGGGAAAUUGUACUUGACUCUGCACGUCGCCAGGAGGCCCUUCAAGCCGCCGAAGCCAUGGCUGUCCAAGGUCUCCGGGUAUUGGCAUUUGCCAGCGGUUCCGUCACGCGCCCAUUGAGAAGCAAAUCCGCAGCGCGCAGCAACCCUGGUUUCGAUCGAAGCGAGAGUCCAUCUUCUCACAGUCCAGAAGACAUUUACAAAAACCUCACCUUUGCGGGUCUUGUUGGUAUGCGUGAUCCUCCGCGACCCGGAGUUGGGCGUUCUAUUAGGCGCUUGAUGCGAGGUGGGGUCAAGGUCAUCAUGAUUACUGGCGAUGCAGAGACGACAGCGCUUGCCAUAGGAAAGCAACUGGGCAUGAACAUUGCAGUCCCUAGCGGACAUUCAGGCGGCCAGAACACUGUAAGGCCUGUGCUGCGCGGCGACGAGGUUGACAGGUUGUCGGAGGAAGAUCUAGCGCAGGCCAUGCAACACACAACCAUAUUUGCACGAACGAACCCAGACCACAAGCUGAAGAUCAUUCGAGCCCUCCAGUCAAGGGGCGAUAUUGUCGCCAUGACUGGUGAUGGCGUCAAUGAUGCGCCAGCUUUGAAGAAGGCAGACAUUGGUAUUUCCAUGGGCCGCCAUGGCACUGAUGUUGCAAAGGAGGCAGCAGACAUGAUUUUGACGGACGAUGACUUUUCUACGAUCCUCAGAGCCAUCGAGGAGGGCAAGGGUAUCUUCAACAAUAUCCAGAACUUCCUGACCUUCCAACUCAGCACAAGUGCUGCCAGUUUGGCACUUGUUUUCAUUUGCACCUGCUUCGGCUUUAAAUCCCCUUUGAACGCCAUGCAGAUUCUGUGGAUUAGUAAGAGCAACAGCUGAUGUGCAGUCUCACCCAAGCUAACCGGCAUACUAUAGACAUUAUCAUGGAUGGUCCUCCAGCUCAGUCUUUGGGUGUUGAAAGGGUAGACCCUGAUGUUAUGACCAAGCCUCCACGAAGACGAGGAGAUCCAGUACUUACCAAGUCGCUUAUUACACGCGUUCUCACAUCGGCGGCCAUAAUUACCAUUGGAACAAUGCUCAUCUACCGUCGUGAGAUGAUGGCUGAUGCACAGGUCACCCGCCGUGACACGACGAUGACAUUCACCUGCUUCGUCUUCUUCGACAUGUUCAAUGCUUUGAGCUGCAGGUCAGAGUCUAAGUCGGUACUUCAGGGCGAAGUUGGACUCUUUUCUAACAACUUGUUCAACUGGGCUGUGUCUCUCAGCAUUGCUGGACAGUUGCUUGUCAUCUAUUUUCCUUGGCUCCAGGAGACUUUCCAGACGGAAGCGCUUGGGUUUUUUGACCUCGUACGACUCGUUCUGUUGUGUAGCACGGUAUUUUGGGCGGACGAGCUGCGAAAAUAUCUCAAGUAUAAUAAAAGGCGUUUUGGAAACGAUUAUAGCCAGGCGGUGUAAUAGGGGGUACCAUUUCUUAUUGAGAGGGCCAAGGGGUUCAUUUAAAAGAGAUAUAUUUAGCAUAAAGAUAUAAACAUUGUACAAAAGUAACUUGUUGCACAGCGAAUGCACUGAGGCAGUAUAUUAUAAAAGCUCGAAGACAAACCCAUAUCAACCGAGA